UCUCAAUCUCUCUCUUUAGUCUCCAAGAUCUUAUUGGUCAUGUGCACCAAUCAAGUUUGGUUUUGAACUGUACUAGUAACAACAAACCAUUCUUCACUUCCCUAACUUCAACAACAACCGAUGGUGAAGGUCUUACAAAUGUACAACAUCUCUAGUGCCAACCAAUCUACCAACAAAGAGUAACCAUUACCAACCCACUUACUGUGAUGCACUUGUUGUCUUGUUCUAUGGCUGAGUUACCAGCAUUUGGUUCUUCCUCGUCACCCUUAUGUAGCAGAAGAUGCCUGCAACUAUGGCCAUCAAGAACCCACCUAGAAUCACGUCUCCACCGAUGAAGGAUCGAUCUCGAUGGUGCCCGACUACCCUCCUGAUGCCCGGAAUUCGUGGCAACGAUGAUGGGGAUGGGCUUGAAGCAGGGGAUGAUUGACUCAAUCCAAACACAAAGAGAUGAGCUAUUACAGAGCAAGCUAUGUGCAAGUGGAAGAAACAACCCAUUUCAGUGUAAGGCCAAAAGUUAGUCUUUGGAGUGAUGAAAGUAGUAAUGUGGUGUAUAUAUAUAUGCAUGUGUGUGUCUCCAGCCGCGUUACAGAGUGGCAAUUUGGCAAAGUUUAACAAAGGGAGUUAGGUGAGAAAGCAAUAUGAAAUGAGCAUCGAGGAAUCGAUUUCUGAGCAAAAAGCCCAGAAGGAGUCUAGUUUUAAAAGGAGAGAAUGUCGUGUUUGGAAUGCAGGAAAGAUCAAAAUCAAGUCUAGUCGUCUUUUUGUCUCUGUUCCAUAAUCCUGGUCGGACACGGAUUUGUUGUAGCUUUUGGCUUUUGAAGAUUUGACAAAUCUGUUUCUUUCUGUAUACCCUGGACUAGGCCAUAAACUAGUCAGUCCUGGACUCACACGGAUUCAUCACUUUAACCUUGUUUCUUAAUCUUUUUUUUUCUUCUCCCUUCUGGUGGUCUUUUUCGACAACUCAAAUUGUUGAGAUCACUUGAUUAUUGAUGCGAUAUAAAAGAUUUUGCAGACGGAAGUAUCGGAGCUUGAAUUUGAAUUGUCCAUGAUAUAAUUAACUUACUUUAAAGCAUGUCGAGUUAUUAAGACAGGUUACUUGAGCUUAUAAUCAUGUUAUGCCUUGCUAGUAAUAAUCCUUUUGUUACUUGAGCAUUAGGUGAAACUCUUUGUGGUUCGGUAGACCAACAAUGCUGACAACUACAAAGCUCAAAAGAACAUCCUUGGAAAUUAAUUUAAGUUAAUCCCUUUCCUCUAAAAAAACUUCCAUUAAUUUUCUAUUUCUUCAUAUUCCUUUCAUAAUCUGUAUCAGCAACUCCUUGAUCUGCUGAACCAUUGCCAUCUCUUUUUUACCAACCACCAGAAAAGAACAACAUAGGAAUCUUGUAGGACCUCUCUACUGAUGAACAAUCUUUAGCAAUUGCUAAAGUGAGGUGGAGUUUAUGUAACAUUUUUCUAGCAAUUGCUAGGGAUGUGAAGGUUGAGAGAUGGAAAUGGUCGAACAAGUUAACUUCUUCGGUUCACCUUUGCAUUACUAAAUGCAAACCAAACUUGGCAAACGAGGUAAGUGAGCUUCUCAAGGAGGGAACAAGAGCGACAUCUAGUGAUACUACUCCUAAUUUUCAAUUUGAAGGUCUGAGAUUCAAAUUCGUUAAAUAGCACUUAACAAUAAAAUACAAACUUAUGUCUUGUAGAAUCACCUUCCAAAUCAUAGCUUCCCAACGUAGUUUGAGAUGAAGGCUAUUGAUUUUUUAUAACGGUGAAUGAAGACAAUUAAACUUUCCUAGAACAACUUCAUUAGUGUCUAAGAUAAUAAGAAUUUUCAAAAAAAAAAAAAAACUAUUUUAAGAUAAAUCGGCUCAUUGUAGUUAUUCAUUAAAGCUUUAAUUUCUCUAUCUAAAAUUAUAAAGCUUAUUCAACCUAAUUUGUUUCAAAUUUUCUCCUGUUCUUUUUUUUUUUUUUUUUGCAUAGAAUUUUCUUCUGUGAUUUUGGUUUUGAGCGUUUAAUGUUUUUAAUUUUCUGUAACAUUUAUCUCAAUUCCUCCAACACCAAAACCCUAACAAUGCUAUGCUCCGUAAGGAGGCCCAUUUCAACGGCCCAGAAGCCCAAAAUAAACCGCGCAAGUCCAAUAGUUUUCUUAUAGUUAUUUACUUAUUUCACUCGUCGGGCAACCUGAGGGACUGAACCAUCACUCCGUCGCUCGAAAUCCCAAAAAAUGUCGGCUCUCGCCCGCCUCCUCCGCCGCGCCUACUCCACAGCCACAGCGACCGCCGCCACCACCACCACCACCGCUGCUGCCGCCGCCGUCGAACCCAGCCUCAAAGCACUCUCCGCGGGCCUCUACAACGAGCGCAGCCUCAAGCGCCUUGUACAAAAGUUCAAGAAGAACUCGGUAGACCCGCGAUUCCGCACCAAGAUCGGCAUUUACGAAGACGUCGUCCGCCGCCUGACCUCCGCGAAAUGCUUCAACUGGAUCGAGGAGAUUCUCGAGGAUCAGAAGUGGUUCAAGGACAUGUCCAAGGAGGGUUUCAACGCCCGCCUGAUUUCUCUCUAUGGGAAAGCCGGGAUGCUCCAGCACGCACACGAGGUGUUCGACGAAAUGCCCAGUAGAAACUGCAAGCAGACUGCGUUGUCCUUCAACGCCCUUCUCGCUGCGUGUUUGAAUUCCAAGAAGUUGGAAAAGGUCGAGGAGUUGUUCAAUGAGUUGCCGAAGAAGCUCGAGAUUCAACCUGAUGUGGUGUCCUACAAUACCCUGAUGAAGGCCUAUUGCGAAAUGGGUUCGCUCGAGUCGGGAGUGAAGCUGCUCGACGAAAUGGAAAGCAAAGGUUUGGUGCCUAAUCUGAUUACUUACAAUAUCCUUUUAAAUGGGCUUUAUGCAAAUGAGAAGCUUGAGGAUGGGGAUAGAGUCUGGGAGAAAAUGGUGGGGAAGGAAGUUUCUCCUGAUAUUAGAACCUACAAUGCCAAGUUACUUGGGUUGUCUUCGACAAAGAGAACAACAGAAGCAGUUGGGUUACUUGAAGAAAUGAAGAACAAGGAAAUCAAACCUGAUGCUAUUAGUUUCAGUGUCUUGAUCAAAGGGUUUAUAAAGGAGGGAAAUUUGGAGGAAGUGAAGCGAGUGUAUGGUGAAAUGCAGGAAGCCGGGUUUAAACCCGAUAAGUUUGGUUUCUCAAAGCUGGUUCCAUUUGCUUGUGAGAAGGGCGAUAUGGGUUUUGCUUCAGAACUUGCCAAAGACGUUUUCAAGGCGAAGAGGCUUCUCGAGGAGGUGCUGUUGCAGCAAGUGGUGGACUGUUUAACUAAGGAGUCGAAGCUCAAGGAAGCAGAGGAGGUCGUCCAGCUUGGAAACAAGUGUGGUUACUUUCAUUAUAAACUGAAGGUGCCAACAGAGGAGCAAGCCAACUAGAGGUUUGGUUUAGAUGGGUUUGUUUGAUUUUCAUGUAGCAUUGAGUUUAAAUAAUCGCCAGUGAUUACUAGGAGAGUUCAGUAGUAUGGUUAUUUGACAGGGUUAUUGGAACUGUAACUGAAGGAAGCUCAUCAAACUAGUUUGUGUUUUUACAGUGGAAAGCUUGUUUCUGCAAAACGUUAUGCUGUUCUUGUAUAUGCUUCGUUUUGGUAUCAUCUCUGCGUAAAUUGCUUCUUUAUCUCUCCUGUUUUUCGUACGUUAGUCCAUUGUUGAAACAAAUCACAUUCGUCGCAAUUUCUUACGAUUGGGAGCGAGAGCUCCAAUGGUGAUUCAUUCGGACUGGCAAAUAUUAGGAGUUGUUUGAAGGUUUGGAUUUUAAGUAAUGUAUUUAGUUAAUACAUAGUUAAGAUUAAGUUGUUUUUUGGGUAAAUUUGUGAUAGAAUAGAAUAAAUGUAUUACAUUUUCAUGAUUCCACCUACAAUCACUCAUGUUGAGUGAUUAUCAAUCUCUACCAAAAUGUGAGAUUGUUAACAAGAAUUUGUCUACAAAAUUUUGUUCCAUCUUUCAUACACAAUCUAAACCUCCACUAAACUAUUUUCAAAAUUCAUACAUUUAAUCAAUGCAUCAAAUUACAAUACACAAAUUAAUAAGUGCAUCCAUUUGGAGAAUCUCAACCUCCAAAUGACCCGUUAGUGAAGACUCUCAUGACUUAUGUGCUAUCAUGCCAUAUUGCCAUGUCAAUGUGUAGUCUGAGCCACCUCUAUCACACAUGACACAUGUACUAUUCGUCAUUGGGAAUGUUAUUCAAGGUGGGUUACUGCCACGGUGUCUGCUCUAUCUAUUAAAUUUUGGACAUAAUACGGAUUUAAGAAAACUCGAAUAAACGUAGUUUAUUAGUGUAAAGUUGAUAACAAAUUAAAUUGUUAAUUCUAUUUUUUCAUUGAUUUCUCAAGCUAAUGUGGCAUGUUGACUAAUUGUCAAAGUUGUUAACCGUUCAAGUUGACAAACAACCUAAGGAUCGAAACAAAGUGGUCUAAUUAUUUUAACAUCUUGUACAUGAUAGUAAUAUUAAAAAUUCGGGGCAAACUAGUUCAUUAGUACAAAGUUCAGACUAAACAAAUGUAUUAACCAAUCAAAAUCAAGCCGAAGAAGUUGGUUGGUCCAAUAAAAACGAGACUCAUCCACCAAUCUAGCUCGGAGAAACUAAAAACUCACUAACAUAAUCAAAAUCGAGCCGAACAAGUUUGCAGCCGUUAUUUCCUUGGUCUCGACGUCGCUCUAGGUCGGGUGAGUCAUUCUGUCGACAGAGUAACGACCCUCUAAUCCCUCAUUUCACUACUACCGAGUUCUGAACCCUUAUGAUCUAUUUAUAGUACUUUGGAUCAAUGCAGUAAAAAACAUGAUUCUACCUAGAAGCGGAAAAUGGAUAAAAUCAUAAAGCGUAGAAUCAAAGUGUAAAAGCAUAAGUUUUUUAAGCAUGUUGUAAAAUAGGUAAAAAUGUGUUUAGUACGACAUAUAUUAUGUAAAAUAUGAGUGCAGAAUUUAGAUAAGUUAAUAAAUACUUGUAAUUCAUGUCUAAAGUAGAGCAACUCAUAACAUCUUAACAAUAAGUUCAUAAACAUCGAUCUUAACAAUAAGCCACAUUCCCCUCUAUGCUAAUGAUUUGGGAAGUGCCUAGUUGGUGAAUUAGAUUACUCUAUUUGAAGCUAAGAAUGCAUUCAAGUAUCUGGUAUGUAUCUUUUAAUGUCAAAUGCAACAUACUGUUGAUGAUUUACCUAUAAAAUAUACUUUUUAUAAUUAAUUUCAUGAAUAGAAUACCAACUUAGUGAACUAGAAGCGUAAGAACGUAAAGUGUAAACUUUUAAGAUUUAAAGCGUAAUUUAGUCCGAUUUUAUACACUAAAGAUUUUAUAUGUAA